CCGCACAUUCCUCUAGCAUUUGUCCGCUCCCGUAUUGCCGUAUUCAGCGGUUAACCCUUUCCUUGGAAGCAAAGCUUAGCGCACGUGAAACCACUGCGCGAGCCGCAUUCGAGAAACACCAGAGCGAAGCGACGUUGCCCCUUUACCAUCUCCGGCCUAGUGACACGGGCCUAAAUCAAACCGAUCCAGUUCUAAGGCCUGUGCAUUCGGGUUUUGGCACCGAGGUCAAUCUCGCUGGGUGAAAGACACCUAGUUGUGUCACUCCUUCGAAGUACAUCGACAAUACAGCUUUGGGAGUCAAAACGACGAUAUGGCCGCCCCCCAAGAGCGUGCUGCAGCAGGUGUAGCCACGCUGAACAUCGAAUCACCACCCGGGAGAGGAGCUGAAGAGAAGAACCAUGAUGCAUCCUCUGAGGAAGGGGCGAAAACGCUCACCUCUGGCCUCAGCGACCACGAUAAGCAAAUAAUCGACAGACAGACAGAUGCACCAAAACUCAACGUCGGCUACUUCGCGUUGUUUCGAUAUGCGAAUAAGACGCAUACCUUCAUAAUGAUUGUAUCGCUCAUUGCUUCUAUUGCAGCUGGAGCUGUAAUGCCCCUCAUGACCCUUGUUUACGGUAAUUUUGCAGGCAGCUUCACGGGUUUCUCGGUGGAUGCUACCGCUGCAGAGCACUUUCAGAGCCAAACUAACAAGUUCACCUUGUACUUUGUGUAUCUUGCUAUUGGUUCGUUCGUCACAACGUACAUCAGUGUUAUCGGAUUUUCCUACACUGGAGAGCAGAUCACCAAACAGAUUCGACAACUUUAUCUCCGCGCCAUCUUCAGGCAAAACAUCGCCUUCUUUGACUUCCUUGGAUCUGGAGAAGUCACCACUCGUAUCAGCUCUGACAUGAAUCUGGUUCAAGAUGGAAUCGGUCAGAAGAUCGGUCUUUUCGUUACCGGUGUCUCUAUGUUCGUGUCCGCAAUCAUCGUUGGCUUCAUCCGGUCUUGGAAAUUGUCUCUCAUCAUGUUGUCAGCUACCGUCGCCCUUGUUCUCAUGAUGGGUGUCAACGGUUCAAUGAUGAAGAAAAACCAGACGAUCGCAAUUGAUGAAAACGCCACGGCAGCAUCUUUGGCCGAAGAGGUCCUGGCUUCAGCCCGUAACGUUGCAGCGUAUGGUACACAAAGGCGUCUCCAAGAGAAGUACAAGCUGUUCCUCGAUAAGGCCACCAUCCACGAUUUCAAAGCCAAGUUCUGGUUGUCCACGAUGAUCGCAGGCAUGAUGGGCGUGCUCAAUUUGCAGUAUGCUCUGGCAUUUUGGCAAGGAAAGAGGUUCCUUGACAGUGGCGAGCUGGGCGUUGCGAACAUUCUGACAGUCGUCAUGGCUUCCAUGCUUGCCGGUAUCUCCAUCGGUUCGAACCUCCCGCAUCUUCAGGCUUUUGGUGGCGCUACCGCAGCAGCAACCAAGGUAUUCAACACCAUCGAGCGUCAGUCCCCCAUUGAUCCAGAGACUGAAGAGGGCGAGACUCCAGAGACUUUCGUUGGUAAUCUUGAGUUCAAGAAUCUCAGGCACAUCUACCCAUCUCGCCCGGAUACAGUCGUCCUCCAGAACUUCAAUCUGAGCGUUAGUUCCGGUCAGAUGGUGGCAUUAGUAGGAGCAUCUGGAUCCGGAAAGUCUACUAUUGUCGGUCUGCUCGAGCGCUUUUAUCUUCCCAUGGAAGGCCAAAUUUUCUUGGAUGGUAAAGAUAUCAGCACACUCAACCUCAGGUGGUUGCGACAACAUAUGGCGAUCGUUAGUCAGGAACCAGUACUGUUCAGCACCACGAUAUACGAGAGUAUUCUACACGGAUUAGUCAACACCGAAUACGCCGAUGCAUCUGAUGAGAAGAAGACGGAGCUGAUUGAGCAUGCCGCCAAAAUUGCCAACGCCCACGACUUCAUCAUGGAUCAACCAGAUGGGUACCAGACCAAGGUCGGUGAGCGUGGUAAUCUGCUUAGUGGUGGCCAGAAGCAGCGUAUUGCCAUCGCUCGUGCCAUUGUAUCGGAUCCCAAGAUUCUGCUUCUUGACGAAGCUACCGCAGCGCUGGAUACAAAAUCGGAGUCUCUCGUUCAAGAAGCGCUUGACCGUGCCGCCAAGGGUCGCACCACAAUCGUCAUUGCCCAUCGUCUCUCUACGAUCAAGAAAGCAGACAACAUUGUAGUUAUGGCACAGGGCGAGAUCGUAGAGACUGGCACGCACGAGAGUUUGAUCCGCGCUGAUGGCGUCUACGCCAGUCUUGUUCAGGCACAAGAACUCACUCAGAAGAAGCACACUGGCAAGCGCUUGUCCGAUAUCGAGGAUCUAGAAGACGAGAAGGCUGCUGGAGAAAAGCCAGCGCUUCUACGAACUGUUACAUCCGCUCCGUCCGUGGUCGCAAGGAGAGAAGAGAAGGAAGAGCUAUAUGGUACUUGGGCACUUGUCAAGUUUGCCUGGGAAAUGAACGCCGGUGAACACAAGACCAUGGCGCUUGGCCUUGUUUUCAGUUUCCUCGCUGGCUGCAACCCUGCUAUCCAGGCCAUCUUCCUCGGUAACUCCAUCAAUUCGCUCAUGUCACCUGGCACAUCGUUAGGAGGCUACGGCAUCAACUUUUGGUGCUGGAUGUUCCUCAUGCUAGGUCUCGUCAUUGGUCUUUUCUACUAUGCCCAGGGUAUGACGCUAUCCAAGGGCUCUGCUCGUCUCAUUGGCAAUGUUCGCCAGCGUGCGUUUGCUGCCAUGCUCCGACAGGAUAUGGAGUUCUUCGACGGCGAGACGGUGACCUCUGGCGCCUUGUCCAGCUUCCUCUCGUCGGAGGCUAAUCGUCUGGCUGGCCUCAGUGGCGCCACACUUGGUACAAUUGUCAACUCUUCUGCGUCGAUUAUCGUAGCUGUCAUUGUUGGCUGCUCUUUCGGCUGGAAACUGGCACUUGUUUGCACUGCAACCAUCCCGCUCAUGUUGGCUUGCGGAUAUUUCCGAUUCUAUGCUCUCAUUCGCAUGGAGAAGCGCAACAAGGAGACCUCCGAAGCUGCUUCGUUCGCCUGUGAAGCUGCUUCGUCCAUUCGCACCGUCGCCACACUGUCUCUUGAGCAACAUCUUCUGCGGGAGUAUCAGGAGAAGCUCAUCAAGCAGGCUGCAGGAAAUAUCGUAUUCAACAACAUCUCCGCCUCGUUGUACGCCACUUCGCAAGGACUCUCCAUGUUGAUUUUCGCUCUGGUCUUCUGGUAUGGAGGUCGUCUCUUGCUCGCACAAGAGUACACUGUCUUGCAGUUCUUUAUUGUGUACUCUGCCAUCAUCAACGGUGCGCAAUCAGCUGGCGCUAUCUUCUCUUUUGCGCCAGACAUGGGCGAGGCUCGUGAUGCCGCCAAGCUGCUCAAGUCCUUCCUCAACCGCAUGCCCAAGAUCGACCACUGGUCUCCGGACGGUAAGAAGAUCGAUCAUCUAUCUGGCCGAGUCGAACUGGAAGGUGUGCGAUUCACCUAUCCUGGAAGACCAGACCACCGGGUUUUGCGUGGAAUCGACCUCGUCGCCGAGCCCGGUCAGUUCAUUGCCCUUGUUGGUGCGAGUGGCAGUGGCAAGUCUACCGUUAUGCAGCUUCUAGAGCGCUUCUACGACCCUUCGGCCGGCUCUGUACUAGUUGACGGUGUCGAUCUGCAGGAAUACAACCUGCAAGACUACCGUGCUCAGUUAGCCAUUGUCAGCCAAGAAACCACACUAUACACUGGUACCAUUCGCGAGAACAUCCUCGCCAACAAGGACGACGUUACCGAAGAAGCCAUCGUACAAGCAUGCAAGGACGCAAACAUCUACGAAUUCAUCAUGAGCUUGCCAGACGGUUUCUCCACACUUGUCGGUGCGAAGGGUGCGUUAUUAUCCGGCGGACAAAGGCAGCGUCUCGCUAUUGCGAGGGCGCUGCUGCGCGACCCCAAGGUUCUCCUGCUCGACGAAGCUACCUCAGCGCUCGACUCCACAUCCGAACGCGUCGUCCAAGACGCCCUCGACGCCGCCGCGCAAGGCCGCACCACGAUCGCUAUCGCGCAUCGUCUGAGCACGAUCCAACAGGCCGACGUUAUCUACGUGUUUGACCAGGGCAAGAUCGUGGAGAAGGGGCGGCACGACGACCUUGUGGCGCAGAAGGGCGUGUACUUUGAGUUGGCGAGACUGCAGAGCAUGGGUGCGCCGCAGUGAUCAUGUCGCAGUGAUAAUGUGUGUAUGUGCGUUCUAAAAGCAAAGCAUGGCGCACUCGAUGAGAGGCGGGACCUUGGCCGUCGAGGAUUUUUUCAGCUACUUAGACUUGUUAGCAUUUUGUAAUAGACUUUGCCACUCUUGAAGUGUCACGAUUUGGUCAGAGA